UGUCCGCUUGGAUUUUUUGGCAAAAAAUGUCAGUUUGUAUGUCAUUGCAAGGAUAAUCUUUGUCGUAGAGAUGGGGAAUGUACACAAGGGACCUCAUGCAAAGACGGUUGGUUCGCUUUGUCAUGUCAGUACAGUAAGUUUAUGUUAGACGUCAUUUCAGUACAGUAAGUUACUGUGUACUAUCAUAUAAGUGAAGUGAGACGUUGAUACAUAGCAUGGCUGUACAGUAAAUUGUCUAUAUAUUUUAAUGUCAUUGCAAGAACAAUCUUUGUCGUAGAGAUAGGGAGUGUACACAGGGGACCUCGUGUAAGGAUGGUUGGUUUGCACUGUCAUGCCAUUACAUUAAGUUGGGUAUUACCUAUUGUAUCAGCAAAAUAAGACAUUGAUACAUGCCACGCAGUAAACUAAAAUAUUGAUACAUUUCUUUUUUCAAACGGAAAUAUUUCUUUUGUAUAGAUUUCAAAAGAUCAUAAAUUAAUGCCCAAUAAUACGCUUACAUUCUAAACUUUCUAAAAUUGUCAUGAGCGUAAUAUGGAAUGAAUACUGUUUUCUUUGAAAAAAAAUAAAUUUGGAGAAUUUAACAUUUUCUUAGUUGACAUAUUUUUUUUUUUAAACUUAUUUUUCAAAUAAUUUACUCCCUAUACAAAUGUCAGUGCAAUUUUUUGUUAUGGUUUAACUGGAAUAAAGAUCACUAAGUAUAAAUUGCAUAAAGCAUUUUGUUUUUACAUAAAGUUGAACCAAUAAUGAUAUUUAUUCCGUAAGAUGACCUGGCCAAGGGCAGUAACUCCAGUGACCCACUACUGACCGAUAACGAUGACAGCACAUGCUUCAUUCCACCAAAGAACGUCAUACGUGCUAACCUGACAGAACCGUUUGUCUACACUUGGGUCCGGGUC